UUAGAAGAAAAGUCAGCUGUUCCACUAGAAACCGUUCAGAAAUUAUUAUGAUCUCUUAUUGAGUAGGGGAGUAUUUAUGUUCUUGACCUACACAGAUUCCACUUUCGAUAGAUUUAAUGGAAUACAUGCAGUAUGUGGAACCAACACGCGCCGAAAUGUUGGAGCAGCUAAGAAAGCGCGAAUUGUAUGUGCCGAAUGUCGAAAGCUUACCAAUUGAUCAGCUGCAGCAAAUCUACAACGGAUUCAUUGUGCCGCAUCCGCGCCGGGAGCGACGCGAGCGACAGCGCACGCUGACCGAAAUGGCACUGAAAUGCGCCAAUGAAAUUCCCAUGGACAUGGAACAGCUAACGAAACGCAUUAAAGUGGUCUGCAUGGCCGGUGAAAAGCGUCCCAUCCAGGUUGAGCCGCAGUCGCUGCUAACCAUCUCUCCAAAACGCAUCAAAAUCGACCUGCAUCGAUGAUCUUUCUGCGGAAUCAAGUCAUGGAUUGCCUCUGCAACCUGCAGUUAUGGUCAGUAAUAUUCUGCCGUAUUUUUCUUACUGCUGGAGACAUAAGUUGCUCGCCAGGUUGAUGACAGCCUCAAAAUGGCAGGUGAAUUUGGCCCCAGCGGAACAUCAAUUGAACCUAGUUGGUCCCGGACGUAGCUUAUAGCUCUCCAGUGUGCCAUCCAAAAGGAGUGAGAUAGCAUUACCCACGGACACACAAUAAUGAGCGAGACAGAACGAUAAUUGUAUGUGGCCACUUCCACGGAAAGGUUAACAAACGUUUAUAUCAGAUAUUUAAGAAACGCAUUGACAUCUCAUUUAUUUGAACAAUUAGCAUUUGAAAUGCCUUCAAUAAUUCAUAAACGUAUUUCCUAGCUUUUGGUCAUUUUCUUAUAUAUACUAUAUGAAGACAGACAUUCCACUAAUCUUUUUUCCUCGGAUUCGGCAAAAGAGAUCCAUCCUCUUUACACGUAGUAAAGAGAAAAAGUCGAGCAAAAUAUAGAAGAAAAUUCUCGAUGUUUGCAACAAUAAUAGCAGAAAUCAACAAUCUAGCAACUAAGAUAAGAUGAUAAAAAUUAAUAGUAAUGUGAGCAUGGCUGAAUUCUGUUUCAUGUUUUUAUUCUUCAAAUUGUUGAUAUCAAUAACAAUUCGACAAUAAAUUAUUUGUUGGUUUUAAAACGAGGGCCUAAGUGAAUCAUAAUGGAAAAUAACUCAUGCAACGAGUUAAAUUUAUACUCAUUUAUAUUCAAUAAAACGAAACUUCUAUUAAAAGAAAAGACUUGUCCUGACUGACUGACCUUUAAACUUGAAGAUAUUUGAGAAAAUUCAUUUAAGACGUGUUUUUUCACAUUUCACAAAAUUCAUCACUCCUGUUUGAACAAUUGUGGUCAAUGAAUGUAUAACCAAAAGUUUAAUUUUAGCUCGCCAAUGGACUAAAGAGAGAUCGUCUAGGAGAGCAACACUUGCUAGAUCUCCUAAUAAAGGUGAGCAGAACUCUGAAGAAGCUCUGAUCAGAGCUGAGGAGACAAGCCUGCUCCUAUUUCAUGUAAUUGCUGGAUCCCAUGGGAUUGUCCUUACCGGACAUCUGGACGACGUCCUCUAUCAAUUUUGCCAUAUUUAAUUUUACCACUAAAUAUGGUUCUGACAAAGAGCCUUGGAUGAAACAGAGGAAAACAAAAGUCUUUGGAUUUCUUUCCAUGCGUUUUUGCGACAGAUAUGGACGUUGGACACAAUGGAAAUAUCCACAGAUAAAAUAGCUUCCGGUUACAAAUAUAUUUGAUUUCGCAUACGGAAUUUAUAAGUUAUACUUGGAUAAUAACGAUACCCACAUUUAA